AUUAGCAGAAUCACUAUUAAGGAUUUUAUAUGCGCCGUUGAGUGUUUUGCUAUCCGGAUAAUUAAAUAAUCCAGUUUUUAUUGACAGUUGUUUUCACUGCUUGUGAUCAUGAAAGGAGUGAUCCUGCUCUUGGCCGUUGUGGCCGUUGUCUACAUUAGCGGAAGCGACGCUUGGAUUGGAAGCAAUUGGGGCUCUUUUGGCAGCGGGUUCGGCGGAUUUGGCGGCAGUGGUUGGGGCGGAUUUGGGAACGGAUGGGGAAGUGGAUGGGGUGGCCAUCGCGGAUGGGGAUCGGGCUGGGGUAACAGCGGAUGGGGCAACUCCGGAUGGGGCAACCGCGGAUGGGGCUUCGGUGGACUGUAUGGUUUUGGAUAAUAACGCUCACGAUCGGAUGAGCGCUUCACUGGCCGACAGUGGGGAUAGUGACCUUGCCAAUGGAAGCAUCAUUUCCGUGCAUCACAGCUCGAAGUACUCACAGGCACAAACUAUAAACUGCUUGUGCUAUAAUUAACGCUCUUUGUUGUUUGCCCCUGUUCAUUAAUUUGCCCUAGACGAUAAACGGCUUCACGAACAACCGUGCUACAGCUUUAAAAAUAAUUAUUAAUUACUCAUUUGUUAUGUUUUUACGUAACCAUACUGAUGGUGCCGUGUAUGUCAUACUGACGCCGUUCUCGAGAUUAUCGCCGAAAUUUCUGGAUUUGUAUAUUCUGGAUACUGAUAUUGUUAAAUUGUUUCCCCGCUUUGGCAAUAAAUUCUAAAUAGUAAAGGAAAA